CAGCAGUCAAUGUCAGAACGCGAAGCGGCCGCGUUGACAACGGAGCUGCUCUAAAAUCGCUCUGCCAGCGGCCAACUUACAGCUUACAGCUAACGGCUUACGCAAAGCGAACGCGGCUAACGGCAAAAACAAAACAACGAAAAAAAAACAAGCUAGAACAAUAAAUACCCAUCGGAUGUGACCACCUAAUAUUGAGCACAGUUAAUUAAUUUUCAAAAAAAAAAAGUAGUUGCUAAUUUCUGUCUGCAUUUGCCGUUAAUCCAGCGCACAGAUAAAGCAGAUAAUGAAACUGUGAUACAUUCGGCAGUUUCAGUUGUCGCCGUUGUUAAUUAAGCCUUCACACCCUCAAGUGCGCCACUUCAAAUACAACGCAUAACGCCACACCACCCCGCGCCACACUAUCGCAGUUCGAAAGAGGCAACAACAAUAAGAAAAGGAAGCAGACGAAGAGGAAGAACAACAACAAGUCGGUUGCGCACAAAGUUAUCACCGGUAGCCGCCGAAGCCGCCGCUGCCUCCGCCGCCGCCGCAACAGCAGAACGACAACAACAGUUCCGCGAAGCAUAAGCGCUGUCAACGCCGCAGUCGUAGUGAGCUGCGUCGCUGCCGCAGCAAGCUUAACGCAUUUUUUGUUUUUGUUCGUAGGCGAAACUUUUCGAACGCGACUGCGCGCGAGCGUCGACCGCACUCCCGCACAGUGCGCCCAACUCUACUCACUCGAGUCGCAGCAGCGCUUUGGGAUGCGUUGGCGUCGCUGCCGCUGCAAAGGAAGUCGAUCUUGUGACUUGGUUGGUGCAACAAAAGUGCAGCUAAUUGAAUUUAAUGCACAAGCAAAAGGAAUUUGAUUUCAUUUUCACAUGUGACGCAGCAGAAGCGAACGCAAUGCGGAAAGAAAACGCGAGUGUCAAUCGAAGCAACAGCAGAAAUCGCACAACAAGCGAAUCUGCACAGUGAAUGCAAUGCCAAAAUAAACAAAGUACUAAAUAAAGUGAAAAUACAAAACAAUAUAUAAAUUAACUACUUAUUAUAGCGACACAUUAAUAUUCAAGUCGUCAGCUUUUUAUUGUGAUAUUGCAACUUGUUAAACGAAAACGAAAACUCAAACAUGAAGAUAAAUCAUAAAAACGGACGCGAAUCUCUGCUGCUGGUGCCCUCGCCGAACCACACGUUCCCCGUGCGCACGUGCUCCAAUGCGUCCUCGCUGCGCUUCAAUAUGGGUCACGAGCACGACAAGAGCCCCGAUGGUUCCGAGGAGGGCCUAGGCUAUACGCACACGCUGAUGUAUGGUCGUUAUACGAAAGAUCUAGGAGAAUUUGCCAAAGAUGAAGCCAGAAAACUCAAACUACUCGAAAAGCGACGAAAGCAAGAAGAUAAACAAAGGAAUAAGGAAUUGCUGGGCAGGCGAGCGACGCGUAUAAAACGCAUCUCAUCAUGGGUCUGGAAGCAUACCCUGGCACGCCUGGGCGAGGACUGGGUAUUCCUCGCCCUGCUCGGCAUCAUAAUGGCCCUGCUCUCCUUCAUCAUGGACAAGGGCAUAUCGAUAUGUACAAACGCUCGUAUUUGGCUCUAUCGCGAUCUUACUUCACAGCCCUUCAUACAGUAUAUUGCUUGGGUCUCAUUGCCGGUCUGUUUAAUAUUAUUCUCAGCCGGCUUUGUGCAUCUAAUCGCGCCACAAAGUAUAGGUUCCGGUAUACCUGAAAUGAAGACCAUUCUGCGUGGCGUUGCGCUGAAAGAGUAUCUCACAUUUAAGACAUUAGUGGCCAAGGUAAUUGGUUUAACGGCAACUCUGGGCAGCGGUAUGCCAUUAGGAAAGGAAGGUCCUUUCGUACAUAUAGCAAGUAUUGUAGCACAAUUAUUAAGUAAACUCGUCACAUCAUUCCAAGGCAUCUAUGAGAACGAGUCCCGCAACUCUGAAAUGCUGGCGGCCGCCUGUGCCGUCGGUGUGGGCGCCUGUUUUGCCGCGCCCGUUGGUGGCGUUUUAUUCAGCAUUGAGGUAACCACCACCUAUUUUGCGGUGCGCAAUUAUUGGCGCGGUUUCUUUGCGGCCGUCUGUGGUGCAACGGUUUUUCGACUGCUCGCCGUUUGGUUUCAAAAUGCGGACACUGUGCGUGCUCUGUUUCUGACCAAUUUUACCACCGAAUUCCCCUUUGAUCCGCAGGAGUUGUUUGUUUUCGCAUUGAUUGGCUUCGUUUGCGGCUUGGGUGGCGCCACCUAUGUUUGGGUGCAUCGUCGCUACGUCCUUUUCAUGCGCUCUAACAAACGUAUGAACAAAUUUCUGCAGAAAAACCGCUUUUUGUAUCCUGGUUUUCUGGCACUGUUGGUCUCCAGCAUUUCAUUUCCCCUUGGCACGGGUCAGUUUCUGGCUGGUGAGCUCAGCACACAUGAGCAGGUGACGCAGCUGUUCAGCAAUUUCAGCUGGUCACGCGAGGAUUUGACCGUGGAACAGGCUGCCGUCGUGACCCACUGGAUGACCAGCUACACCAGCGUCUUUGUCAAUCUGGUAAUCUUUACCAUCUUCACGUUCUUCUUUUCCAUCAUUGCGUCCACGAUACCUGUGCCCUCGGGCAUGUUCAUACCGGUAUUUAAAAUUGGCGCCGCAUUUGGUCGCUUGGUGGGCGAACUGAUGGCCUCCUGGUUUCCACAUGGCGUGCGCUACGGCGGUCGAUUGUCACCCAUUAUGCCAGGUGGCUAUGCAGUUGUCGGUGCAGCUGCCUUCUCUGGCUCUGUGACGCAUACGGUAUCCGUGGCAGUGAUUAUCUUUGAGAUGACCGGUCAGAUAACGCAUGUUGUGCCCGUGAUGAUAGCCGUGCUGGUGGGCAAUGCGGUGGCAGCGCUGCUGCAGCCCUCGAUCUACGACAGUAUUAUACUGAUUAAGAAGCUGCCGUAUCUGCCUGAUCUGCUCCCCUCCAGCUCCGGCAUGUACAGCAUCUUUGUGGAGGACUUUAUGGUGCGAGACGUGAAGUACAUUUGGCAUGGCAUCUCCUAUCAAAAGCUCAAGGAGGUGCUCAAGAUCAAUAAGACGCUGCGCUCGCUGCCCCUAGUCGACAGUCCAGAGAAUAUGAUCCUGCUGGGCUCCGUUCAGCGCUACGAGCUAAUCAAGAUCAUUGAGAAGCACAUAGGACGCGAGAAGCGCAUGGAGGUGGCACAAAAGUGGCAAAAGGAAGCCGAGGAGCGCGCCCUGGAGGAGGAGAAAAAGAAACAGGAAGCGGAGCUCAAGCAACGUCGACCCUCACGCUUCGAGGUGCUGCCCGCACCGGACAUACUCAGUCUGCGCCAGAUUGCCAACGAUGAGAUGCUGCCGCCCAAGAAGCGAGCAGAGACCAUGCACAGCUCCCUAACGCCACGAAAAUCCAUAUUGAAGAAAACCAACUCCUUCAACUUGAAGACCUAUGCGCCCGCCUCGCCGCACAGCCCCAGCAUCACACCCUACACCACCAUCACGGGCAACUCAGAGUUUCGUAUACGCUCCGCCUUUGAGGCCAUAUUUAAGAAGUCUACCACGCUGCAGGAUGUGCAACCGGAUCCGGAAAUGGGCUCUAUAUCGCCGGUGGCCAGCAACAAUGAGGUGCAAGUUCAGCGUGCGCCCAGUGCGCCCAGUACACCCGGCAUAUCCAAGAAGGUUCAGCUGCAAGCACAAAACAAUUGGAACUUUGUUACCGAUCAGAUCAUGCUGCAAGUAAAUCCUAUAACAAUUCAAACGAAGGGCACCAAUCAAAUGGAUGACAAAGAUGAUACCAUAACAGAUAAUACAGAUUCAUAUAAGCCAAUUAAUUUGCCGCUUAACGAUGUGAAUACAGAUAAGACCUGCAUUAAAUACAAAACAAAUAAAGUUUCAGAUAUUAAUAGACAUUCCUACGAACCGGCUGCUGUGUUCCAUGUUAACGAGAAUCACAUAGAUAAACAGAAAAAGCCAAAGAAAAAAAUUCAAUUUAGCAGCGAUGUGAGAGUCAAAGAUUCACCAAAUCGUAGCUAUACGUUGUAUAAGUUAUCCGAUAAGCAAGAAUCAAAUGAAAUGGAUCUAACGAUAGAAGAUGACGAUCAGAAGUCGAUUGUUGACAACGAACCGAAUGCAACUAAGAAUACGACUAUUAAAAAGACGAAAUCGGUGCAAUUGCCGAGGGAGCGCGUCAUAGACAUGUCACCGGAGGAUCAGAAGCAAUGGGAACUGGAAGAAAUGCUUAAGCCCAUCGAUUUGGAAAAGACACAGAUACACAUUGAUCCCUCGCCCUUUCAGCUGGUCGAACGCACCUCCAUACUCAAGGUGCAUUCGCUGUUCUCCAUGGUGGGCAUCAAUCACGCGUAUGUAACAAAAAUCGGACGACUUGUCGGCGUGGUGGGCCUCAAGGAGCUUCGCAAGGCCAUCGAGGAUAUCAAUAGCAAUAGCUUUGUGGCACAUCCGCGUGACGAUGAGGUCGACUCCAAGCCAGCGGUGGAGAAGCCACUGCUCGCAGCCAGCGCCAGUGACAAGGCCGUAGACAUGACCAUCACCUCAAUGGACUCAGCGCUUUCCAAUUCCGACAAUUGUUCCGAUAUUGAAAUGGAGCAUCUCAAGUCUUUGGAUACGCCGGAAGUAACGCUCACAAUGCCGCCAACCGAUACAAACGCAAAUACAACAAUACAAGACACAAACAACACACAGAACAUAAACAAAUCUGUUUAAAUUAAGCGAACAUCUUUUGAACCAUAUAUGUUAACUCGUUAGCCACUGCAACAAUGCUUGUUUAAUGCUGUUGCAAAGUCUGUAAAGAUACAGUUAAAUACUAAACUAAGUUAUGUCAUAAUUAAUUAAUUAGAUUGUCAAGUUGUUAUGUAUUUAUAUCUCGUUAGUGCAUAAAGUCAAAGAUAUCGUGAUCUAUUUUUAAGUUACAAGCAAUGCGAAAUAAAAGUUUAACAAAUAUUCAAA